UCGCAGUCGGAGCCCAAAGUCCCCAAAUCUCCGCUUUCUCCUCGAUUUGAAGCCUUCGUCCUCCUCCUCUAUAAAGCACGCCUGCAGGAAUCCAUAGUUCUACCUCUACAAACUCAGACAGAAAAGUGAUCGAAUUCAGGCUCCGUACCAGGGCUUCCUUACUCUGCAUAUCUCUGCAUCUUCCUUUUUCACUGUGUCUGAGAUUAUAAAUUUCCAUGCUCUGGGCUUAACGGCAUACUAAAGAAUUUCUUUUGCGUUCAUUUGUGAACGGUAGAGAGAGCGCGCGGCCAGCAACUUCAAACGGUCAUAAUUAGAGGAGACGGAGGACAGUGGCCGAGACACAGAAAGGGGCGAGCAGCAGCGCUGGGUAGUGCAAAAAAACAACUUUUUUGCCCUUUUUUUAUCCUUCUAGAUUCGAUUCCCGAGUGAAUAUCAGAGAGAUUGGUGUUUAUAUGUGAGAGAAAGCGAGCGAGGGAGGUGCAAGAUAAGAGAAGAUAGUUGGCCAGAAGGCGCUGGGUUAAGGAUCGAUCGGAAGUUUACUAUUGAUCCGAUCUGCGCAAGGAGCCCGUGCCUUGUUUUUGCGGUGAAGAAGUGAGGAAUAAUACAUUAUUAGAGAUAGAUUUUUUUGGAAUUGGAUUUGGUUUUGGGUUCACGAUGCCGGAGGGUGGUUACCACUGUUCGAAGAAGACGGAUGAUAUUUGUGAGAAUGUCUGCGGCCAGGCUUCUAGGGUGGGAUUGAAUAUGUCAAGGCUUCUAUGCAUUCUCCGGGGAUUUGAUCUGAAGGCUCUUUUGCUUUUAUUUGUGGGUAUCCCACUGUUCAUCCUUGGAAUCUACUUACAUGGCCAAAAGUUUACCUACUUCCUCCGACCGCUCUGGGACACUCCCCCUAAACCUUUCAAUGUUAUCCCCCAUUACUACAAUGAAAACGUUUCAAUGGAGAACCUUUGCAAGCUUCAUGGCUGGGGAAUUCGGGAAACUCCAAGGCGGGUCUUCGAUGCUGCUCUCUUUAACAAUGAAGUUGAUAUGCUUUCUAUUAGGUGGAAUGAACUGCACCCCUAUGUGUCGGAGUUUGUUCUUCUAGAAUCCAAUUCUACCUUCACUGGGAGGGUAAAGCCCCUCUUUUUCGCUCUUAACCGUGACAAGUUUAAAUUUGUGGAGUCCAGGCUGACUUAUGGUGUUGUUGGCGGUAGAUUUAAGAAGGGAGAGAAUCCUUUUGUUGAGGAGUCUUACCAGAGAGUGGCUCUUGAUCAACUUAUCAGAAUUGCCGGCAUAACUGAUGAUGAUUUGCUCAUCAUGUCCGAUGUUGAUGAGAUCCCCAGUGGCCACACCAUCAACCUUCUGAAGUGGUGUGAUGACAUUCCUGAUAAGCUUCAUCUGCAGCUCAAGAACUAUCUGUAUUCCUUCGAAUUCUAUCUUGAUGAUGAUAGUUGGAGGGCCUCCGUUCAUCGAUAUAAGCAUGGAAAGACAAGAUAUGCUCAUUUUCGUCAAGCAGAUGACUUGUUGGCAGAUUCAGGGUGGCAUUGUAGCUUCUGCUUCCGCUAUCUCAGUGAAUUUGCCUUCAAGAUGAAGGCCUACAGCCAUGUUGAUCGUGUGAAGUUCUUUUAUUACUUGAAGCCUUCAAGGAUUCAGGAAGUGAUUUGUCGAGGAGCCGACCUUUUUGAUAUGCUUCCAGAGGAGUACACAUUCCAGAAGAUUAUUGCAAAAUUGGGUCCAAUUCCCAGUUCUUAUUCAGCUGUGCAUCUUCCUGGGUAUCUUCUUCAGAAUGUUAACAAAUUCAAGUAUCUUUUGCCUGGCAACUGCAAGAGAGAGAGUGGUUGAGUGCCAUAUUUUCAGUAUGAGAUUUUUCCAUACACAUUAUAGGGCAUACUCUUCGAAUACCCUGAGAUAUUUGUCUAACUUAGUUUGAUGAUUCUUUUUAGGGAAUUUCGCAAGCGUGACCGAGAGAACUUUCAUUUUUUUUGUGUUUUGCCAUUGUAUUUAAGGAAUAGGUUGUAUUGUAUCAUGCUUGCGGCGGUUGGGAUUUGUUCGAUUGCCCGAACUUCUUCUUGAGGAUUAUAGAUAGGAUGCUGAUCUUCAUCCUUUCAUCCGUUAUUGGUAUGCUGUGCCAUAGAAUUCAAUGUAAAGUGCAUACCAAGUGAAAUUCUUAAUCUUUAAUAUCAUGGAGAUUUUUUAAUUCCUUUAAAUGUGACUGAUCCUAUAUUAUUCUUUCUUUA